GGAGAGAGAGAGGGAGUGUGUGAGUGUAAGAGAGAGAGAGAGAGGGAGUGUGUGUGUGUGUGUGAGAGAGAGAGAAAGAGAGAGAGAGAAAGAGAGAGACGGAGUGCGUGUGUGAGAGAGAGACAGAGAGAGAUAGAGAGAGAGUGAGAGACAGAGGAAGAGAGACAGACAGAGUGAGAGAGAGAGUGAGAGAUAAAGAGAGAGAGAGAGAGAGAGAGAGACGGAGUGUGUGUAUGUGAGAAAGAGAGAGAGAGAGAGACAGUGAAAGACAGAGAGACAGAAAGACGGAGUGAGAGAGAGAGAGGGAGAGGGAGUGUGUGUGUGCGUGUGUGUGUGAGAGAGAGAAAGAGAGACAGAGAGAGAUAGACAGUGAAAGACAGAGAGACAGAGAUAGAGAGACAGACGGAGUGAGAGAGAGAGAGAGAGAGAGAGAGAGAGAGGUGGGAACGCUGCAGGUGUGACGUCACGCACGCGACUCCGCCGUCCACCGCACGGAUCAAGCAGAAUCUCACGCGCUUUUGGCUCGCGAGCUGAGCGGCACCGAGACGAUGGGCAAGCUGCAGGAAUUCGACAUUACUUUCAGCCACAAUAAAGUGGUGUACAGCCCGGGAGAGACCAUCUCGGGAACGCUGAGGAUCAUCACCGCCAACUCGCUGCAGUACAAGGCCAUCAAGGUGAACUGCGUGGGUUCCUGUGGCAUCUCCAGCAAGAUGAACGACACUUCAUGGAUGUUGGAGGAGCAGUAUGUAAGCAGCAUGCUCUCUGUGGCUGACAAAGGAACCCUUCCACCUGGAGAGCACAGCUUCCCUUUUCAGUUUCUCAUUCCAACACACGCUCCCACUUCUUUUGAGGGCCCGUUUGGGAAGGUUGUGUACAGGAUCAGGGCUGUAAUAGACACACCACGCUUCUCUAAGGACUACAAGUCUCAGAAACCCUUCUACCUACUCAAAGUCAUGAACCUCAAUGAGUUGCCUGAUAUAGAGCAACCAAGUUGCGCUGUGACAACUAAGAAGUUCACCUACUUCCUGGUGAAGACGGGGACCCUUAUGCUGAAGGCUCGCAGUGACCUGAGAGGAUACACUCCAGGCCAAAUCAUCAAACUCUCCACAGAGAUCCAUAACAAAUCAGGAAAAGACACAGGCUAUGUUCUGGCCAGUCUCAUUCAGAAAGUGACCUAUAAGACGAAGCGGCCGCUGUUUGAUUUUCGGACCAUAGCGGAGGUAGAGGGGGCAGGCGUUAAAGCAGGGAAACACGCAGAGUGGAAGGAACAGAUCAUCGUUCCUCCUCUCCCUCAGUCUGUCCUAGUUGGCUGCAGCCUCAUAGACAUCGAGUACUUUAUCCAGGUUUCACUAAAGUCUCCUGAGACAGUGGUCACUCUACCCAUCUACAUUGGAAACAUCGCUGUCAACUUGACCCCCACAAGACCACCUCCACCCACCCCACUUCAGCACGGAGCUGUGAUGCCCGCCAUGCCGAGCCUUAGCCCUGGACCAGUGGUACCGAGCGCGCCCCCAGCUGAGGAAGAUGAGGAUGAGGUGCAGGGUGCAGGAGCACUAAGCAGUGAGGAAAUUCCUACCAAGAGUCACUCCCAGCAGGACCCCUCGGGCCAUGCCAUUGCCAUGUCCCCUGGGGCGUUCAUUCACGCUCCAGCCCAAGCUCAUCCUCAGGGUCAGCAAGGCCAGUCAGCCGAGAGCUCGGCACCUCUUUUCUGUGUCUCCACGGGGGCCACCAUUCCCUUUUUCACUGACGGUAACGCCACGCCCGUGCCCACUACCUGUCCUCUCAUUCUGCCUCCAGAGUACAGCAGCUGGGAAUAUCCACAUGAGCCACCACCCACUUACGAGGAAAGCUGCAGCAGUACCAACUCCAGCUUCAACACCAGCAUGACGUAGAUGACAACACUGGAAAAUGCCUGUCAGUAAAUCUGCAACUUCCUCUGCUGGACGCUCCAGGCAUUGCCAUCCUCCCCAAAUAUGACCAAACGUAUUUAAAGGGAUCUUGUCAUUUUUCACUUGAUUUAUAUAAACAAUAUUCCUCGCUCCUUGGUGUGGAGAAAGGGUCUCUGGAUCAGUGCCUAAUCAUGGUAGCACUCCUGAACUACUACAGGUUGAUAAACCUGCAUCUGUGAUGCAGUGACAAACGAUAUAUACACAGGAUGUGUGUUUGUUAGCCAAGGCUGGCCUUCUGCGACGCUUGUCCCAAAACACAGGCUGAGUCAAAUCAGAGCUAGUUUUGAAAGAACUGUGGUCACUCUGAUGCUGAUCUGUGAACAUUUCCUCAGGCCUUUGCAGCGUCAGUCUGCGGCUGGAAUGUCGUUCAAGGAGGACUGAUUAGAUUUUUAUCAGCACAGUUAGAGAAAGAUACAGCUUUUUUUUAAAGCUUGCAUUCUGAUCAGAUUCUGAAAUUUGUGUGGUCGCUGAUUUUUUCCCCCAAAAUAUAUAUGUAAUGCUGGAGAUUGUUAUUAUCAGUAUUGACGGCAUUUGGCUAGACAAAGGAGAAGCACCUGUUUUUACAUUUAAACCCCGCAUCCCUGCAUCAGAGGUGCCAACAGCUAAGGUUUAACCGUUACCACAGCAACAGCACUCACUAAACAUUCAUUUAGUUUUUUUCAUUUCAUGCAAAUCAAAGAAAAUGAUAUUCCCAAACAUGAAUAUAAUAGAAUUUUUAAACUUGCUGGGUGAAGUGAUAACCUAUAUUAAUACCACACUUAUUGCACCAAGCAUAGAUGAGAUGGCUGUUGAAAGCGCUUGGUGGGGCGGGGCAUUGUGUGCUGUUCUAGUAGAUAUCAUUCCUUACUUCUAUGUGAACAUUAAAAAAAAUCAAAUAAAAUUAGAAUAACUGUGCACAUCUUGGUCAGUUCUCAAAGCUCAGGCUUUGUGUUUAAACAGCAUCUUUAAUAUAGAGCACGAAUGCACGUAGCAGUGUCAGAGAUUGCGGCCGUUAAAAAUUAGCGCAAGGUGCUCUGAAUUGCAUGAACACAAAGAUAUUCUCAAGUAUGGAGCAGUAAAAGAAGUGUGCAGAGAAACUGUUGCACAUGAGAGCAGUUCAGUUCUGCGAGCACCGAGUACUGAGACGCUUGCACCUCUUUUCGCUUCGCUCUUUAGCGUCUACACUUUGCUCACUUGUCAAGUCAAUUAAAGUAAAAGAGCCAUGGCCUACAGUAAAAAAAAAAAAAACAUGUCAUUUGUAAUCAUUAUAUGAUUAGAUUUCUGAGAAAUUGUGUUUAAAUAUAAAGUAAAUCAAAUUAAAUUUUAAAAAAUGUUUUUGUGAGGUUUUUUACCACCAUGUUUGAUAGCAGUUUGCUAUUAUUAUUGUCAUUAUUAUUCCUGGUAUUAUUAUAGUUAUGUGUAUUUAAAAAAAAAUCAUGGCCUUCACCCUUGUUGAAGUCAGCGUCAAACAAAACGCCCCCCCCCCCCCCCCCCCCCCAAUCUGGUUUAAACGUUUACCACAGUUAUUUUCAACACAGUUUUCUGAAAAAUAUUAUUCGGUUACUGGCACAGGCCUAGGCGUAGAAUUUAUGAUUUCUGACCUCUUCCAGUGGAAAUACAGGAGCCUCCUUUAAGCGAAUUUCAAAUAAAGCAAUGGUCAAAACAAACACAAAUAAAAGCGAAUACACUGAAGGGGAAAGGACACGGGGUGUGAAAGAUGCACAUUUCCUUCUGGUAGCGAUUUCCUUCGCUUCACACUGACUUUAUCUAGAUUAACUCUGAGUUAUGUAUUCAUGAGCCAAUAGAAACCAAGAAACCAAGUUGCAUAGCAUACAUCUGAGUAAAAAAAAAAAAAAAAGAGCCACCACUGACAUGGAAGGGAUUUUUAUGGUAAAAUAUCCUGCUAGGAUUAUCUUGUUAGCAAUGUUGGCACCUCUGCUGUGUAUCGACUACAUGCAUAUUUUGUUUCUUGAUGAUUUUACGAAGCCUUUCCUUACACCUUAGGUGUUACUACAUUCAGAUUUGAUUAUGCAGUACGUAAUGAAUUUUAAACUCUAUUUAAAUAAGAUGAAAAUAUUGCUGGAAGAGAAGUUUGGAAUAAAAUGUAAUUUCUUUAACUUUAAUCAAUUAAUUAAUUUAUAUAAUUAAUUUAAUGUUCAGGCCGGGUAAUAUAUAUAUAUAUAUAUAUAAACAUCAUAAAAUCCCCUCAGCAUUUCACAGGUCAGGUGCGUCUUGAGUUCCUGCAUGUAUUCACAAAUUGAAUGAGUGUCUGGCAACAAACCAGAAAUGUUUCUUUAGCUGGAACAAAUUGCCAAAGUUCGUGAACCCAGUGAACCCAGGAUAUACAGGAAUGUUAAAUUUGUCUGAUUUUUUUUUUUUAUUAAUUCACAAUUGAUGGAGUUUUAACAAGAAUACCCAGUUGAGGCCUUAUCCUGCGAUUGCUGUGUAAAACUCUGAUGGUGUUUCUCCAGUAUUUUAAAAGUUGUACUAAUCCUUCAGACCCUUAAACUGUUCUUUUUUUUUUUUUUAAAUUGAAGCACAAAAUGGCACUUUUUAAAUAGAAUUCGACUGUGUGCAUGUGUGUUUGUGUGUGUGUGUGUGUAUGUGUGUCAUCCUUCAACUCCUGAAUGUAGUAUCAGUUGUAGAUUUACUUUACUGUGAUUUUCUCUCAUUAUAUCCAACCCUUCUUCGGGUUUUCUUUCAAAUAUUCAGUCGAGAGUGUUAACCAUAGCUACGCUGUUAGAUUGCACGAAAGAUUGUCCACUCCUUUCAUUUUUUUCUGUAUGUAUAAUUUUCAGUACUAUGAGAAAAAAUUGAAUGGCGUAAAAGAAACGCUCACAUUUUAAAUGAGACUUUGUUCAUUGAUCAUCUUUCUAAGCGAAUCACUGUGUUACAAUGCAGCACCUCUUAUUGUAAUAAAACAUAGGAUUAUGAUUUGAUUAUGGAAUUAAAUACAAGAGUUGGUAAAACAAUGGGAAAGAGAUAAUAUAUGGGAAAAGUUUUAAUAAUUUUAAAUAUUUUAAAUGGACUAAAUUCUAGAGACCAGUCUGUUUCUACUGCAAGUUUAAUACGCCUCACUUUAAGUUUUUAAACAUUACAAGACCUCUAACACAUGAAGGUCAGGUAAAAAGUGAUGAUUUUAGAUUUGUAGCAAACUGACUCAAAUCAAAAUGGUGCUCUCUAAGCUCCACUAUGCUAGAACAUCUGACAGUUCUUCCAUUUCCAUGCUAAACUCUACAUUGCCUGAUGUAGCAAACUAGACAAAAUGUCAUCCAACUCCAUUUUUACUCAUAAAACUAUAUAAUGCUGAGUGCUUUCAGUUUUAGUGAAGAUGCACGUGUCACCACCUUUGCUCAAUCUACACAAACACAUGCCUUAAAUCUACGAAUAGCAACUGUGGCAAAUGCAGAAAUAUGUCAGUAUCCAUUGUUUCAGUAAGAAAUAAAACACGAUGGGGGUGUGCUGUUAUAGGAAAAUAAUAAAAAAGAAAUGAAAAGAAGAAAAAAGAAAAGAAGUGGAGUUACCAUUACCUUGCAGAAGUUGAUUAUUUUUCAAGAACAGGACACCCUAUGUCUUUUAUUCCUUAAUUUUUUUAUUAUUUAAAGAACAACACAUAAUUUUUAUCUGUUUAUUGUUACGUUUAUUGUUGUGGAACAUCUGCGAAACAAGUUGUUCCAUCACCAGCCUCUCUGUUUUUUCUUUCUGUUAAAGUUAAUAAGACAAAAAAAAAAAACAAAAAAAAAAACAAAAAAAAAAAAGCUUCUCAUGUUGUCGAGAAAGCCCAAUGUCCAUUAUGGAAAACUACAAGUUACAAAGCACUGACACUGGAGACUCCUUCCAAAUAAACUCCUUCCAUAAAAAAUGGUCAAAUAAACAUCUCCUCAGCAUGUCAACAAUGAGACACGUGACAUCCAAGUCCCUGUGAAUUAGCUGUUAAUAUAGAAAUGAUCAUUAGAAUGCAUUCAUAUAAAUCUUGCAGCUGAUCUGUCAGAGCCGCGGUUAUUGGAAAUGAAUUAAAACCUCCAGACCAAUCAGAAUUCAACAGCACUGUGGUAUAAUAUCUUUUAUUUCACAAAGGAAUCCUCUACAUUUGUUGACUGAAUACAUCCUGGUUCUUAAAAUGUGUUAAAAGUUCCAGUCUUAAAAUGCAUUGUUCUUCCUGCUUUACUUUUCCAUCUCCAAAGGUUCAACAGCUUUAUGAUGAUCUUUAUUUGUCAUGUGUUUUCUUUCCCUCCUGUUGACAUGGUCUCUAGUUUUGUAUUUUUCUAUUGGUAUGUAUAAUUAUGCGUGUAUUGCGAUCUUUUGAGCCGUGUUGUCAUCUGAUCCUCAUUAGCAGGCUUUGGAAUACAGUAGCACCACUGUGGAUCGAUGUCAUAUUAAAAAAAAAAGAAAGGAAAAAAAAUAUUUGAAUCCAAAUUAGUUUUGUUUGUUAGUACAUUGUACUAAUAAAAUCUCAUCAGUCUCUAUCGCUUUACAA